CCUGGCGUUCCCCCGCCCGCCCUCAGCGCCAGCUACUCCCGGGGCCGGCCAUGGGCAGCCGCCGCCAGACGCGCGCUGCGGUUGUGGAGGUGCCGGGACCGGCCCCGGUCGGGCGAGGGGACCGGGAUGCUGCUCUCGAAAAUUAGCUCGUUGGCCCAUCUGCGCUCCGGGACCGGCGGGGAGCUGCACGCCGCGAAGCUGCAAGCGGGGAAGGAGAAGGAGCCCCUGGAGCAGCUUUACCGCGUGGGACCGCUGCUGGGGAGCGGCGGCUUCGGGUCCGUGUACUCGGGGGUCCGCCUGUCCGACAGCGCCCCGGUGGCGAUCAAACACGUGGCUCGGGACAGCAGCAGCCUCGCCUGUAAGGGUCGGUGCUCCCCCGGUUCCGUGCUGCCAUCUUCCGGCACCCGCGGCUUUUCCUUACAACCCAAAGUUUGUCAACAAGAGUCACGUGCUGAUGACGGGGAGCGGGUGACACGGUGUGUGUGUCCCCAUGGGGCCGCUGGUGCAGCCUCUGCGAUCCCAGGGAUGCAUCCUCCUGCUGAGCUGUGCCUGUAUCCCAUAGGAACACGCGUGUACAGCCCACCGGAGUGGGUCCGCUACCACCGCUACCACGGCCGUCCAGCGGCCAUCUGGUCACUGGGCGUGCUGCUUUAUGACAUGGUCUGCGGGGACGUCCCCUUCGAGCGUGAUGAGGACAUCAUCGGUGGGGAGCUCUUCUUCCGGCGCCGGGUCUCUGUCGAGUGCCAGCACCUCAUCCGGUGGUGUUUAUCCCUGCACGCUUCCGACAGACCAUCCCUGGAAGACAUUUUCAACCACACGUGGCUGCAAGCCCUUCACCUGCCCCAGGAGACAGCCGACAUCCACCUGCACAGCCUCAUCCAGGAGCCUGGCAAGUGACAGCUUCAGGCAGCUCCUGGCCAGAAGCAGCAAAGAAUCCCAGACUUGUCCUGCUGAGCACAGAACUGAGCAAGGAUCCUCAGACGCGACCAUGCACGUCUUGUCCUGGACUUUUCUUUCGUUUUGAUUUGGGGUUUGAGUC